AUGCUUAAACUCAACUUUGAGAAAUAUACGGCCAAGGCCCACGAGGUACGGGAGGUGUUGGUGGAAUACGACCCUCGGUUCGAAAGCGCAAGCAUAGACGAGGCCUACCUCAACAUCACGGAGUAUUGCACAGAUAAGGGUAUCAGCCCGGCCGAAGCUGUCGAGCAGAUGCGCCGGGAAAUACACGAGAAAACCAACAUCACUGUUUCAGCCGGGAUCGCGGCCAAUGCGAAACUCGCGAAGAUUUGCUCGAACAUGAACAAACCGAACGGCCAAUUUGUCUUACCCAACGACAGGUCUGAGAUAUUGCGAUUCAUGGCUAGACUACCGCCUCGAAAGGUCAAUGGUGUGGGCCGCGUGCUCGAACGGCAACUGGCAGAGAUCGGGAUCAAGACAUGUGCGGAUCUUUAUCCUCAGCGGCAACUCCUCCGACCACUGUUCGGCGAAAAAGCGUACGAGUUUCUGAUCAAUGUUUACCUUGGCCUGGGACGUACCCGAAUUCAGCCUGCAGAUGAAUACGAGAGAAAGAGUGUGGGCACCGAAAGCACGUUCCGAGAUAUGUCAGAGCCACAACAGUUCAGAGAAAAGCUUAGAUGGACGGCAGAAGAACUGGAAAAGGACAUGAGGAGGGCAGAGGUCAAAGGUCGGACGCUGGUACUCAAGGUGAAACUGCACACAUAUGAAGUUUUUACUCGCCAAGCCGUGCUGCCUCGGGCAAUAGCUUUAGCCGACGACCUAUACCAGUUUUCGCUUCCGAUUCUGGCCAAGCUGGAAGAAGAGAUGCCGGGCAUGACACUGCGAUUGAUGGGACUCCGUUGUACCCAUCUUGUCAGCACGAAGAAGCCAGAUACAAUGUCAUUCUUUGGUUUUCGGUCUCGUAGGUCCGAGUCAGCUGCAUCGGUUGACAGGCCUCACAAGACCAUUAUUCGCCCCAAGGCUGGCGAUGGGCUGGAUGAAGAUGGGUGGGAACAGUGGCCCGAAAAGGAACUAUUAGACCUGGACGAUGAUCAGCAUUUACUGGUCGACGUCCACGAAGGAUCUGCCAGCCCUGGCGACAACGAGCCGAGUCCCGUGAGGAGACAUGGGAAAGAGAUUCAACCGAACCCUGUGCGAGAGUAUGCACCGAUAAACGAUGAAAUGUGGGAUUGCCCCAUCUGCAACCGUCCGCAGAUUCCAGACGAGAGACAGUUCAACGAACAUAUCGACCUGUGUUUAUCGCGACAGACGAUUCGCGAAGCUGUGUAUGGGGACGCUCUUCCUGCCCCAGCUUCAAGAUCGACAACGCCGGACAUGAAGAAAGCCAAGGCUGGGGGAGAAAAGAAACGCGGUAGACCACCGGCACGACUGCCAAGUGACGACCCUCGGCAGAAGAAGCUUUGCUUUGGACCUUGA